AUGUCGGCUGUCAACGUGCAGGGCCUGAAGGCCGUCCAGACCCGGGCCCCCCGGACGUCGCGGCGCUCCGCCCGCGUGGUGUGCCAGGCGCACAAGGAGGCCGCCCCCUCCAAGGUCGCCUCGGUCGUCGGCGCUGCUGCCCUCGCCGCGCUGGUGUCGGUCGCUGACGUGCAGCCCGCGCAGGCCGAUGUGGCUGGCCUGACGCCUUGCGCCGAGUCCAAGCAGUUCGCCCGCAAGCAGAAGGGCGCGCUCGCCAAGCUCGAGAAGCGCCGGAAGCAGUACGAGCCCGGCUCGGCCCCGGCGGUCGCCCUCCAGGCCACCAUCGACAAGACCAAGAAGCGGUUCGACUUCUACGCGAGCAAGGGCCUGCUGUGCGGCACGGACGGCCUCCCGCACCUCAUCUCGGACCCCGGCCUGGCCCUGCGCUACGGCCACGCCGGCGAGGUGUUCAUCCCCACGUUCGGCUUCCUGUACGUCGCUGGCUACAUUGGCUGGGCGGGCCGGGAGUACCUGAUCGAGACGCGCAAGGCGAAGAAGCCGACGGACAUGGAGAUCAUCAUCGACGUGCCCAAGGCGCUCGCGAUCUGCGGCCGCUCGCUGGCCUGGCCCGCCGCCGCCGUCGCGGCCCUGCGCGACGGCGACCUGCUCGAGAAGGACGAGAACAUCACCGUCUCGCCCCGGUAA